UGCAGCAGCAGCGCUGACCAGAAGCGCUGACUGCGCUGACCACAAUGGCACUGACCGUGUGUGUGUGAAGGGUGGACUGGUGGUGGACCACGGUGAUCACGUGCCAUGUCUUCGGAACCAGACGGCAAAGGUUCCGAAGCUAUCAACGGGUGCGCUGUGCGGGAGCGAGCGGACAGCAAAGUGGAGUGCUUGGAAGAUGACAGCGGCACGAAAACGCUGGACCGUCUCGACGUCGCCAACAGACUCGAAAAAGAUGAGUCGCUCAAGUACGAUCCUGAAACCAUGGAGAAACUCUCGGAGGGGCUCCUCAAGGAAUACGUUGCCGACUUGAAGCGAGUUCGAGCAAACUUGGCGGAUCUGACGAAGAAUCAGCACCUCCUGAUUGACACGGUACAACAAGAAAAUGGAAGGUUUUCGGAGGUGCAGGAGAUGUACAACAUCGAGGAUGUGUUUCAGAGAGCAAAACUCUACCAUGCCAAGCUGGUGAAGAUAAAAAAGGACAUGGCAGACCUCUACCAACGUUCCAAGAAGUUGAAGAAGCGUGCUCUCAAGCUGCAGCAACAAAAGCAGAAGGAGGCCCUCCAGACGGCGCAGCAGCGGGAGCGGGAGCUGGAGCGGGAGAAGCAGCUGCUGGCCAAGGUGGCUCUCAGGUCGCCACAGUCGUAGCGGCACCCGCAGCUCGGUCCGUCGCCUGCGCUUCUGCCGCCGGGACGAGCGGAGGACAUGCGGACUGUCGAUCGAGAUGCACCAACGUGGUUGCAACCGUCUCGACAAAACUCGUUGCUCGCUGCAAUGUGGCGGCCGAGAAACGUCCGCUGCCCCGUUGCUUUUCGUCCAAGGGUCGCGUGGAAAGCCUUUUAUGAGAUCGGACAAGCAUAGAACUGGGAUACCUCGGCCGAAGGUUUGCGGUGACAAACCGAUUUCUGAUUGCACACCCAAGUUUUGUUGCCCUCGAUUUAAGCCGCUUAUAAAAAAUUCCCCGGUUUACCGCUCGAAUUGAUGUGUUGCGCGCACGCAUUCUGCGACGACGUUAGUUUCGACAGCUGCCUUUGCUCGGAAGAGAACGACUUAAAAAAAUCUGGCGAUCGCGUAGUUGAGACUAUUGCGCUGUCUCCGUUUCAGUUGUGUGGGAUCUGGGGACGAGCGGCUUGGUCAGGAUAUUUGGGAUGACUCGCUAAUUGGCUAAUGCUGAAUCUUCGCUUGGCUGUGCCUGGUGCUCUUUGACUGCAUGUGCCCCGCUGUGACAUCCGGAAGCAUUGGCGAGCCAGAUUAGCUUAAUACUUUUGUGUCACUAUUUUCGAAAGCAGUCAUCAAAUAAUGCAAGUUUGACUUCUGAAGUCUGGGAGAGUGUUUGUAGGCAAGACAUGAUGAACAGAACAGCGCACACAAAGAC